CUGGUGCGGGGUCCUUGCGCCGCGCCUUGGGACGGCAACAGGGGAGGCGGGGUCCUUUUCUAGGUUGGUCGCACAGGCAGCGGCUGUGGGCUCCUGGGAUCCGGGAAUCAUGUAUUACAAGUUUAGUGGCUUCACGCAGAAGUUGGCUGGAGCAUGGGCUUCGGACGCCUAUAACCCGCAGGGAUUAAGGCCCGUGGUUUCCACAGAAGCACCACCUAUCAUAUUUGCCACACCUACUAAAAUGACCUCCAGUUACCCUGCAUACGAUUAUGCUGGGAAGAACAAAGUUCCGGAGCUGCAGAAGUUUUUCCAGGUGAGGGAAGACACUUGGAAAUAGAGAAAAGCCUGAUGGGGUGCCUGUGCACCUCAAGCGGGGUCUGCCUGACCAGAUGCUCUACCGGACCACCAUGGCGCUGACACUGGGCGGGACGGUCUACUGCCUCAUCGCGCUCUACAUGGCCUCGCAGCCCAGGAACAAGUGAGUCAGGCUGCGCAGGACUUGGUGGCUUUUUGGCACAAACCCUUUUCAAUUUUUAUUUUCCAUUUUUUUUCUUCACUUGGAUGGUCUACUUAACAUUUUUACAAAAAAGGUCUGAAGACGGUAUUUUGGUGUAUGAAAUGCAUAUGGCCCAUCAGAUGUGAGAGCAGUUUGAAAGUUAAAACAAUUGUGGAAAGAAAUGGCGCUGCGCUCUGUGUUCAGGCCCCUAAUUUCCCUGGAGGUUCCGGAGGAAGGCUGCACACAGGCUCAUUAACAGCAGCCUGUGCUGAGGUCCUCGGAGAUCGGGACUGGGUUUUAAGCAUGGUGUGCAGAAGCCUUUCUGGAUCUGGAUGUGAUGGAAGACAGAUGUCAAGGCCAGGCGUGUGAAAUAAGUAGGCAGUCACCUUGGGGAUUUUUCCAUUCCUUAGUAAAAUGUGAAUAGAAAUUAUUUGCAGCCUGUCUGUAUUCAUUGGGCAGUUUGUUUCAAAGGGUUAUGUGCCUCAUCCCAGGUCUUCGGUGAAAUUCUAUGUGUAGCUAUCCUGUAUUUUUUUAACCAUGGGAACAGAGAACACUGCUGAGUGUUGCACUGUAGACUGGUGUCUUGUCUAUGUGGCUGUGCCACAGGUUCUCCUUUAUAUUUUAAAAAAGUUAUGGCUUUAAAUCAUGAUUUAUUUUGACUGGAAUAAAUACAUGAAUGAACAUUUCAA